CGUUUAUUGCGUUUGGUUUGACAUGUGGGCAACGGAAGUGUCGCGUGACACACUGUCGGGUCUUGGACACAUCUGGGGAAACACUCAGGCGGAAGGGCGGAUUCUGCUAGUUGCUUGUACCUCGACACAGAGGGAGGACAUAGUGGAUUCCGUUGGGAAGCUGUACAUCAUCGCCAGGCGGUUCUUCAGAGAUAUCUCUCUGUUGUGCAUGUACGUUAACGGUGGCACCUCUGGGAUGAAUCCACCAAGCUUCCACGGAUCUAAAUUAGCCAGGAAAAUGAGCAGAACAAGAAGAUAAGUGGCGGUGGUUGGCUUCCUGCUGGAUUUUGCACAGGCUUUUUGUUUUUCCGUGGACAUGCCUUGUCUAUGGAGGAGAGCUGAGCGAAGCUAGCUGGCCGACAGUCCGGCUAGCGCAACAUUUCCAGGGUUUUGGAUGACUGUUUAGCUCAAGAGCUGAUUUAUUUUGGAUCAGCGCUACCUCCCCUCCGUGGGUAAGGAGUCAGCAUGGGGGAGCCCAACCUGAACGACUCCAAUGUCAAGGUGGCUGUUCGUGUACGGCCCAUGAACAGGAGAGAAAAGGAAUUGAACACUAAAUGUGUUGUGGAGAUGGUGAAGAACCAGACGAUCCUCCAUCCUGCGGGAGCUAACCUUGGCAAAGCAGACUCAAGGAGUCAAUCCAAGGUCUUUGCCUACGAUUACUGUUUCUGGUCCAUGGACGAAACAGAUAAGGAGAAAUUCGCAGGUCAGGAAGUGGUGUUCCAGUGCCUUGGGGAAAGUCUUCUCUGCAACGCCUUCCAGGGCUACAAUGCCUGUAUCUUUGCCUAUGGACAAACUGGUUCAGGAAAGUCGUACACAAUGAUGGGUUCAGGUGACCAGCCAGGUCUGAUUCCCCGCCUGUGCAGUGCUUUGUUUGAACGAACCCAGAAGGAACAGCGGGAGGAGGAGAGCUUUACCGUUGAGGUUUCCUACAUGGAGAUCUACAACGAGAAGGUCCGGGAUCUGCUUGAUCCCAAAGGGGGUAGACAAACUCUGAGGGUGAGGGAGCAUAAAGUGUUGGGCCCCUACGUGGAUGGCCUGUCUCGACUAGCUGUGGCCAGCUACAAGGACAUUGAGUCUCUAAUGUCAGAGGGGAAUAAGUCUCGGACCGUUGCUGCUACCAACAUGAAUGAGGAGAGCAGUCGAUCCCAUGCUGUUUUCAACAUCAUCCUCACACACACACUCAAGGACUUGCAGUCUGGGACGAGUGGGGAAAAGGUCAGUCGGUUGAGUCUGGUAGACUUGGCUGGAAGUGAGCGAGCAGCAAAAACUGGAGCAGCAGGAGAACGACUGAAAGAGGGAAGCAACAUCAACAAGUCUCUGACUACGUUGGGUCUGGUGAUCUCAGCACUGGCUGAACAGGGAACUGCCAAGAACAAGAACAAGUUUGUCCCUUACAGAGACUCUGUUCUGACAUGGCUGCUGAAGGACUGUCUGGGGGGCAACAGUCGCACAGCGAUGGUUGCAACUGUGAGUCCAGCAGCAGACAACUAUGAGGAGACGCUGUCAACGCUGCGUUAUGCCGACCGAGCGAAAAACAUAGUCAACCAUGCUGUUGUUAAUGAAGACCCCAACGCUCGCAUCAUCAGGGAGCUCAGAGAGGAAGUAGAGAAACUACGAGUACAGCUGACCCAGGCAGAGUCUUUGAAGGCUCCAGAGCUGAAGGAACGCCUGGAAGAGUCUGAGAAGUUGAUUCAAGAGAUGACCAUCACCUGGGAGGAGAAGCUUCGCAAAACUGAGGAGAUUGCACAGGAGCGCCAGAAGCAGUUAGAGAGUCUGGGUAUUUCUCUCCAGUCUUCAGGGAUUAAGGUUGGAGAUGACAAGAGCUUUCUUGUCAACCUUAAUGCUGAUCCUGCACUCAAUGAACUACUGGUGUACUACCUGAAGGAACACACAAAGGUGGGCUCAGCAGACUCUCAGGACAUUCAGCUGUGCGGGAUGGGUAUCCAGGCAGAACACUGUGUCAUUGACAUUACAGCAGACGCUGCCGUUAUCCUCACCCCAUACCGCAACGCUCGGACAUGUGUUAAUGGUUCUCCAGUAACCAGCGCACUGCAGCUUCACCAUGGCGAUCGAAUCUUCUGGGGAAACAACCACUUCUUUAGGAUCAACCUGCCUAAGCGGCGUUCACGGGGGGCAGAGGAUGAGGAGGGUGAGGGUGGUGUAAUGAAGAACAGUGGCAGCAGUGAGCAGCUGGAUGCAGAUGGUGAUACAGCUAGCGAAGUGUCCAGUGAAGUCAGCUUCUCCUACGAGUUCGCCCAGACAGAGGUCAUGAUGAAAGCCCUUGGAAAUAAUGACCCCAUGCAGGCAGUCCUCCAGUCUCUGGAGAGGCAGCAUGAAGAGGAGAAACGCUCUGCUCUCGAGCGUCAGAGGCAGAUGUAUGAGCAGGAACUGCAGCAGCUCCGCAAGAAGCUGAACCCGGACCGUCUGUCCACAGGCCACUCUGGAGCACUGGUGCCUGGGCAGCAAGGUCCAGGACAACAGUCUCACUACCGCAGCCUGGAGAGACUCAGUAUGGGAGGGAUGAGCCAUUCAACCAGCGCUCAGAGCAGACUGAGGCAGUGGAAUGAGGACAGGGAGGUGGUGUUGGUGAGGAGUCUGAGAAGGUUAAGGGAGCAGAUAGUGAGGGCCAACCUCCUGGUGCAAGAAGCCUGUUUCAUCGCUGAAGAGCUGGAGCGACACACUGAGUACAGAGUCACUCUGCAAAUCCCAUCAGACAACCUCAACGCAAACCGCAAGAGGGAUGCUGUGCUCAGUGAACCAGCAAUUCAGGUUCGACGUCGAUGUCGAGGGAAACAGAUCUGGAGCUUGGAGAAGAUGGAGAACCGUCUGGUGGACAUGAGAGAGCUGUACCAGGAGUGGCAGGACUAUCACCUCCAUCACCAUGACAACCCAGUGAUGCGCUCAUAUUUCCGUCGAGCUGAUCCGUUCUUUGACGAGCAGGAAAACCACAGUCUGAUCGGAGUUGCCAAUGUCUUCCUUUCCUGUCUCUUCUAUGACGUCAAGAUGCAGUAUGCUGUUCCCAUUAUCAACCAAAAGGGAGAGGUGGCAGGGCGUCUCCAUGUGGAGGUGGUGAGGGUUGGAGGAGGCUUAGAGGACAACAUGGCUGGAGGAGAUGAACCAGACAACAACCAAGACGCUGAAGUCCAGGAUCGCAAACUCGUAUGCAUGAUUAAGAUCCUGCAGGCCACUGGUCUUCCCCAGUACCUGUCCAACUUCGUCUUCUGUCAGUACUCAUUCUGGGACCAGCCUGAGCCCAUCAUCGUGGCUCCUGAAGUCGACCCAUCAUCCUCCUCACCCAACACCAAAGACCCACACUGCAUGGUGGUGUUUGACAGCUGCAAGGAAUUGGCAGUGUCAGUGACCGAGGAUUUCAUCGAGUACCUUACAGAAGGGGCAGUCGCCAUUGAGGUUUAUGGACACAGGCAGGCAGAUGCAGGCAGGAACCCUGCCCUGUGGGACCUCAGCAUCAUUCAGGCCAAGACACGCACACUACGAGACAGAUGGAGUGAGGUAACGCGUCGUCUUGAGCUGUGGAUUCAAAUCCUGGAGAUAAACGAGAACGGAGACUUUUUCCCGGUGGAAGUGGUUCCCGCUAGAGAUAUACGGACGGGAGGAAUCUUCCAGCUUCGGCAGGGUCAGUCAAGGCGAAUCCAGGUGGACGUGCGUUCAGUUCAGGACUCGGGCACCAUGCCUCUGAUAGCAGAGAUAGUGCUUGCGGUGUCAGUGGGCUGUGUGGAGAUCAGAAACACCACAGUAAAUGAGGAGGGAGAUGAGAUGGACAGUUAUCAGGAAAGAGAUCUGGAACGUUUGCGGCGUCAGUGGCUAGCUGCUCUCACCAAGAGACAGGAAUACCUCGACCAACACCUGCAGAGCCUGGUCAGCAAAGCAGAAAAGACAGAGGACGACAUGGAGAGGGAGGCUCAGCUCCUGGAGUGGCGCUUGACUCUGACAGAGGAGAGAAACGCAGUCAUGGUGCCCUCUGCUGGCAGCGGCAUUCCUGGAGCACCUGCUGAAUGGGUUCCUCUGGCAGGCAUGGAGACUCAUAUUCCUGUCCUAUUCCUGAACCUCAAACCCGAUGACCUCAGCUCUCAAGACCAGUUUGAAGUUCCUGAGGCUGGAGGUUGGGAUGCCACCCUGAUUGGAGAAGAUGAGGAUGACUUCUUUGACCUGCAAAUAGUCAAACACUACGAUGGAGAGGUGAAAGCAGAGGCAUCAUGGGACUCCACCGUCCAUGAAUGUCCCCAGCUCAGUCGUGGGGGAGCGUGGACCGAGCAGCGGGUAUACCUGACAGUUAGAGUGGUGGUUCAGCUCAGCCAUCCUGCUGACAUGCAGCUGGUCUUGAGGAAGAGAAUCUGCGUCAAUGUUAACCCUGGCCGCCAGGGGUUUGCCCACAACUUUCUCAGAAGGAUGUCCACCCGCAGCACCAUACCAGGCUGUGGGGUCACAUUCGAGGUGGUCUCCAACAUCCCCGGGGACGCCCCUGGAUCAGAGGACAGGGAGAUGCUGGCCCGGCUCGCCGCCAGCGCACACAACAGUCAGUCAGCUGAUGAUGAGGCUGCUAUUGAGAAAUACCUCAGAAGUGUCCUGAGUCUGGAGAACAUCCUGACUCUGGACAGACUCAGACAGGAGGUGGCAGUGAAGGAGCAGCUGGCUAGCAGAGGGAGGAGCAACAGACGGAGCCUAAGUUCUCCUUCUGUCCACAGGCUGUCUGGAAGUAGACAAGACUUGUCCACAACCUGCCUGCUGGAUGAUAAGGGUCGAUGGGAGAGUCAGCAGGAUAUCUUCAUGCCUUCUCAGUUUCACCGCACCCUCCCUCGCCCAGCCUCCUCUCCUUCGACCUACUCCACCUCCCCUUCUUCAUCCCCUACUCCCUUCGCGAUGAGCCCCCCACAGAACCAGGAACCAGAGCAAGGUCGUUCAGGACUUGCUGCCUCUUAUCUUUCAGUUAAGGCGCUGGUUCCUCAGAUGCCCAAACUGCUCAAGUCUCUGUUUCCAGUGCGAGAUGAAAAGAAAGAGCUGAGGCCAUCGCCGCACAACCAGCAGCACGUGCCUCGCAUCGUGACAUCAUCAGGAGGGGACGACAGCCGAGUCAAGACUGAGACGACUGCUAUUCUGCAGCCCCAAACCAAAGACAGGCGGGCAGAGUUCCCAGAGGUCCCUCCGCUUCCUGUGCAUGAUCCGCAUGACACCACCCCCCUCAGCCCCCUCAGCCAGUCAUCAAGCGGCUACUUCUCCACUAGUGUUUCUACAGUUACCCUGUCUGACGUUCUCCAACCCUCCUCCUCGUCUUCCUCCCUCCUGGUUGCUGAGACUACGUUACCCACAACCCCCCCGCAGCAGGGUGCUGACAGGAAUGAUGUUGUGACCUCUGCUUCUCAGUGUGGUGCCAAGAUGGCCGUCGUAGCUCCACCCUCUUCGAACAGCUCAGCCAAUCACAACAGCGUCACAGCGGAAAACUCCUUCUCCAAACAAAGGCUGGUAAACUCCGGAGGAGGAGGAGGUGGUGAAGGGUUUGAGCGGCUGGAGAUCCUGGUGGACGAUGAAGAGCGUGGUCAUGAUGGCAUCCUGCCUGAUUGGCUGACAGAAGGGGCUCAUGUUACAGUAGGAGGCAAUAAGGCGGGGACGGUGCGCUACGUGGGAAUGACGCAGUUUGCUGAGGGAGUGUGGGUGGGAGUGGAGCUGGACACUCCUGUAGGUAAGAAUGAUGGUUCAGUCGGAGGGCAUCGGUAUUUCCACUGUAAACAUGGUUACGGGGUGCUGGUUCGCCCAGACCGGCUGUCCUGCCGUGAUCGGAGCAGUCGGCGGACCGGAGAGUUUGCCCCUCCUGCCCACGUCCCCGUCCUGCGAGGAGAAGGCAUCGUUGCCCGGAAGGGGGAGAACCGCAAAUCCUGGAGCAGUUGAGACGGGGAAACUAGGAGCUGGAUUGGAGAGAUGAACUCCACACAACCCUCCUCCUCCUCCCUUCUUCUCCUCCCAGCUAUGCAACAGGCUCACACAUCAGAACUGACUUACUGCCUACCCCCCUAUUGUAGGAGACUACACUCACAACAUCCAUUCACAGUUAAUGGAUGGAAACAGAAUAAAGACAGUGAAGAGACUAUUCAGAAUGAAUGCAAGUAAGUUGAUGAAAGACUAUGCAGAGAAUAUCGAAGUCCAUGGAAGGACUCUUUAUCAUGUUGGAAGAUAAUGCUAAAUUAAUGGCAGUCAAUGGGAAGGCUGCUGAGAGUGACUGGAAGCGGACCUUCUCAUACUUGGAGCGUCAGAGCUCUCCGGGGGUGUGGAUUGGACGCUGCAGAUGGGAUGAUUUGCCUCAGAGGUGCUUUCUGAGCUGAUAUACAGGGAUGCAACCUGGUCAUGUUUUAGGAAUGAGUCACAUCUGUGAGUAUAUUUAAAAUUUAAUGAAAUGAUCGGGGGAGGGGGGCAUUUUAGAGUGGAGUAAACACACUUUUUAGUCUUCAUCUUUUGGGGUCAAACCCUGCCAGUCUUACUGUGACAGCAGGCCUCUGCUGCAUUUUCCACCUAUGACGUGUUUGCAUCCCUGGAUAUGAUGUCUCUCCCUGGUAUUCCAGAGACUCCGUGUCCCAGAAUCGCCUGCUCCGACCGCCACUCCCCUGAACUCUCUCGGUCCAGUCUGCAGACUGAGACUUUGACUCCUUGUUUGAGACUCAUCUGUCCCCCCUGGACUCCUUUUCUUUUCUCUUGAAAAUAGAUUCUCCCAGAAUGUGCCUUCAGCAUGGCUUGGCUUGCAUUUGUUUUUCUGUGUGUUAAAUUUCUAUUAGCUGUGUUAGUGUUGAAGAGAAUGCCUUGAGCUAAGUGUGAGGUGAUCUCAGGGACUGUAGAGGGGAAAGGCUAAGGAGGGGCUUGUGUGUGUGUGUGUGUGAGUGUGUGUGUAUUUGUAAAUGUUGUACAGUGUUGACCUGUGUGCACAAGUUCAUAUUGUUUUAGUCGUGUCGGUGUUAAAGAUUAGAUGUGUAGAGCAAGAAAAGCGUGUCCUCCUCGGACAAAGCCACUAUGUGAGCGAGUUGUUCGUACUGGGAGGCUUUAAAAGUCGAUUUUGCACUGGAGACGUUGGAUAAGAAGCUUCUGUACGUAAGCAGAACGUUUCUGUGGACACGAUGCAAUGAAACAGGGAGGUAGACGAGAUGUUAAGAGUCCAGGAGGCUGUUGUAAUGUGGAAAUCUGACCGGGCUCUCUGGACGUCUGUUUUUUGACAGCAAGUUCCCUGGUCGUCCUCUGUAAGUGACUCGGGACAUUCUGACACCAGGAGGCACCGUCUAUAGAGUAGUAGUUUGGGUUUGUGUUGGUGGGAAAAGGCACGUGUAUGUGUUGAGGAACAGAAAGUGAGAUGGACAGGCAGAAAUCCUGCUGGGAAUUUCCCGCUCGAGAAGAGAAUCGAUUUCUUUCUAUGCAUUUGAUCUGUUUUAAAAGAAUUUUAGGUUUUAUCUUUUAUUUCUAAAUGACUGACUUAACUGGGAGAGUGAGCUACAAGUACGUUUUGGGAAAGUAUUAAACACAGAAGCAGUUUGGCCUGGUAGAAAAUUCCUGACACAUCUGUUGAGGAAAAACUAGAUGAUGGGAGAGACCUUUGGAUUUUUUUAAUUAGUUUUUUUUUAUCACAUUUACAUUCCAGUGGAACUUUAACAUUUUGUACAGACCUUAUCUCUGUGUAUUAAUUGAUGGAGGAGCAUUGGCAGUACACCACAGCACCGUUUCAUACUUUGUAUAUGCCAUAAAUUCAUGAAGAAUGUAGACGGAAAACGCACGUGCUUCUAAUACUUCCCCAUGCGUUAAAGGGGCACUCCACCAAUUUUACGCACGCAGUUCAGUUUACUUGUCAUCAGGAGUCCUGGUCAGCCCGUGAAAACAGUUGUAUAAUGUCCUCUGUGGCUCCGGAGGAGCCUUAUCAAGUCUGAGAAAAUACAGGCUUGCUACACGAAGACUACAAAUUUAUAACAGGAAGCCCGUGUUACAAACUGGUAUUCAUCAGGUGGGGAGGGUCUAGUGCAAGAGUUACAUUGUGGGAGAUGUAGGAUUCAGCGUUAAUGGUGCUCGACUCAUAAUAGGAACUAAAGUUAAGGAUAAUUUUGGUCUCUGCUGCUUCGAUUUUCAUGAUUCUUGCAGUAAUCUCUCUCUCACAAGUUUCCCAAGUAUAUACUAAAUCGCUGGAGGCUGCGGUGAGUGUAAAGUGUUCCUGUUUGAGUCGUCCUGAGUCUCACCGAGUGAGCAAUAGGCAUGUGCUGAUAGGUUGAUUUAAUGGCGAAAAACAGAUAUAUCACCAUUACGUGGGAUCCUUUUCCCUUUUACGGCAGCCAGGCUAGUUAUCGUAAUGAUGGCAGACCUCAAUAUGUUCGCUGCCGUGUUAUCGAUGUCCACUGAGUCAGGUUUUGCCAUCAUAGGCUGUUUCUAUGGUAACAGUUAAUUAUUGUAUACAAAAGAAUCUGUAACGAUUUCUGAUGUGGAUGAUGUAAGGAUUCAUAUAAGUACAUUAUAUGGACUACUACAUGUGCAUGUAAAGGCACUCAGUAUGUCCAAACACUAUCAUCUUUUUUUCCCAUUCCUGUAUAUCAUGCGUUUCUUCAUUCAAGAAGCGUGAUUUUACUAUUUAUAUUUAAAUGCUUGAACACAUGCCUUUAUAGCAUGAAAAUUGAUAAAGCCUUUUUAUUUUAAUAAAUCUUGCACAGAUGUAUACAUGAAAAUUGCUGCUAUUCGCAUUGUAAAUUUACCUGUACAUGGAUCAAUUGAUUUAUCUAACACUCUCUAUCUCUUAUUGUAUACUAGAUUGGAGUUCAAUCAUUUUUUUUUUUUUUUUUUUUAAUCUAUCCCAGAUGGAGAAACUAAUGUCAGCGCUUUGAUUCAGUGGCCAAUAUAUUUUUUAUGAGGCAGUAAAGUUUUGAAAAUGAGGCACUUUGUAAUGUGAGCCUUGAAAAAGAGACGGUUGGAACAUUUCCUGCGUGAAAAAUCACCUCUGCGUUGAUUUUUAAAGAGGAAUGAGGAAACUAAUGUUGGAGGUGCAUUGAAGCUGAAGUAGGAGACGAGGACACAGUAUAUCACCGUAGUCUAGUUAUUAUCUGUGUACUUAUUACUGGCCUUAAAGCCUAAGACCCUGGAGUUCUCUGAUUGGUUGGUUGGUUACUAUGGUUAGCUGUCGGGUAUGUUAUUGGUCGGCAGGUUUUGAAGUGGUACGUAGGUUGGACUCUUGUUGGUUCAGUUGUUUUUAAAAAUUGUGGUUCAUAAUAGUUAUGUGGUAAUGAAGGAAGGGAGUAAAAUUUUCUCGUGUGUGUGUGCGUGCGUGCGUGUGAGAACGUGGGGUGGACCUGGCUUUGAUUCCGUUGUGUCAUUGAGUUCCUACCAAGAUGGGUAACGACCACCAGCUCCUUUACUUCUGAUACUUGGGACUUUUAGCAGGGAGUGACUGAACUUUGCUCUGGCUGCUCUCCUGAUAAAACUGAAAAUCCACCCUCUUCGGCUGGUGGACUUCCCCAUCCUGGUCUCUGCUCGGGCACUAUUUUUAGGGGUUUGAGAUCACUUCAGGCUUCUGGAUGUUCCUUUAUGUUAUUGUGCCUCAGAAACCAUGAGACCAUGUAUCUUUUACACACUGUUUUCAUAUCAAUGCUUCAAUUCAUUUGCACAAAAGCCUCCAGAGUUCAUUUCUGGAACACUUAUAGAUGUAGGAAGAAAAUACGAUUCAUGGUUCAGUGAUCUCAAGUUAUCUGUUGUUGUUUAAAAUUUUACUAAUAUUUUCUGCCUCGAGAUUUCGGGUUUUUUGGAGCAAUAUUCUUCAGCUGUAUUCCUUCACACACUGCUCACCUGCCUUUCAAGUAAAAAGAUGAAAAUCGGUCAUAUUGUGAGAAUAGUAUUUUACAAGACAGCAGAGCUAAGCUCAAUUGUAGUGGAAAGAUAUGACGACAAAAACAUUUGUCUUUUCUUCCAGCGCACCUCCUCUAUUAACUCUCCACACAGUUUGCAGCGUCAUAUAGAGAAGGCGUACGUUUAUCGGGUUAAGUACGACGCAGACAUUAGAUAGGAGUGCAGCUCGCGAGCUGCAUGAUGCACACGAUCCACUGAGCAACGAGAGCCAUUGCAAUAAGCAACUGUUUAAAAAAAAAAAAAGGGGGG